AUUGUUUCAUUUAUGUCAGCAUAACAACUCCAUGGAGAUACUAAAAUCCAAAUCAUUAAGUCAAAGCCACAAAACAAUCAAGCUAAAUUUUGAUCCUAUCCUUGAAUUAAUGUUCCUACUGGCUCUAUAAAGAGCAGCAUUGAAAGGGUUGGAAGAUAAACCAAAAACAUUCUCUUUCAGAAAGCUCCAAUGGCAGCUGAGAUUGUUGUAGCAGUUUUCAUCAGUCUCUUUGUUCUCUUUCUUAGCCAUUGGUAUAGAAACAGAAACUCCCUGGUCACAAAUUGGCCUAUUGUUGGGAUGAUACCAGGGCUUCUUAGGAACUCAUGGCGAAUUUUUGAUUACUUCUCCUUUGAUGUUCUGAGGCGGUGUGGGGGUACUUUUGAGUUCAAAGGGCCUUUGUUUCCUAGCUUGGAUUUUCUUCUCACAAGCGAUCCGAAUAAUAUAAACCACAUAAUGUCCAAGAACUUUGUUAACUAUGAGAAGGGUUCGGAGUUCAGGGAAAUUUUUGAGCCUUUUGGGGAAGGAAUAUUCACCUUGGACUCCGAUAGAUGGAAAACACAAAGGAAGGUAAUGCAAACAUUGAUGAGAAACAACAAGUUUACAAUAUUUCGAGAUAAAGUGGUGUGGAAAAAGCUGGAGAAAGGUCUAAUUCCAAUCUUUGAGCAUGCUGCAACACUGGGAACUGAGGUAAAUCUUGAAGAUGUAUUUCAGCGGUUUGACUAUGACAACAUGAGCCUGUUUGCUUUAGGCUUCGAUCCCGACUCUCUCAAUGUUGAAUUUCCAGCUAUUCCUAGCAAAGAGGCCUUUGCUGAUAUAGAAGAGGCCUUGCUGUUCAGGCAUUUCUGGCCUAAAAUGGUUUGGAAGUUCCAAAAUUGGCUUCAAAUUGGAGAGGAGAAAAAGUUGAUCGAAGGAACAAAGAUCCUUGAUCAAUUUGUUUACAAUUGCAUCUCAUCAAGGAGAGAAAAGUUCAGCAAAAACAAGGAACUGCAGGCAGAGGAAGAUGAAUAUGACUUACUGACAUCUUUUCUGGUUGAAGACCAAGGAGAAUCAGGUGCCUUUGAGCAAUCUGAUAAGGUCAUCAGAGACACUGCUGUCAAUCUCAUGUUGGCUGGGAUAGACAGUGUAAGUGGUGGCCUGUCUUGGUUUUUCUGGAUUGUCGCAACAAAUCCAUCUGUUGAAGCCAAGAUUGUUGAAGAAAUCAAAAGAAAUUCUUCAAUCUGCAAAGACAAGAACAUGAUAUAUUUAUCCGAGGAAGAGCUUAACAGAUUCAUAUACUUGCAUGCAGUUUUCUGUGAAACAUUAAGGCUAUAUCCACCAAUACCUGCUAAUCACAAAACAGUAGUUCAAUCUGACAUCCUUCCCAGUGGCCAUCGAGUCCAAGCAGGAUCAAGAAUCUUGAUUUCAAUCUAUUCAAUGGGAAGAAUGGAGCAAAUAUGGGGUAAAGACUGUCUAGAAUUCAAGCCAGAAAGGUGGAUUUCAGAGAAAGGAGACAUUGUUUAUGUACCAUCCUACAAAUACCCAGCAUUUAAUUCUGGGCCAAGGACUUGUUUAGGUAAAGACAUGAGCUUUUUGCAGAUGAAGACUGUGGCAAUUGCUCUGCUUAAGAAUUACAGAGUUGAAAUGGUUCAAGGGCAUGUUGUUGUCCCAAGAGAGUCCAUUACACUCCACAUGAAAAAUGGGCUGAAGGUCAGAAUCAAGAAAAGACAUGUUUGAUAUAUUGGAGAUCAUCAGGCGGAUCUGAAACCCUUG